AUGACAGUACCAAUCGUGGUGCAACAGGCUGUUACCAACAUCAGCAUACCAUACUGUACUGUACCAAUCGUGGUGCAACAGGCUGUUACCAACAACACCAUACCAUACUGUACUGUACCAAUCGUGGUGCAACAGGCUGUUACCAACAUCAGCAUACCAUACUGUACUGUACCAAUCGUGGUGCAACAGGCUGUUACCAACAUCAGCAUACCAUACUGUACUGUACCAAUCGUGGUGCAACAGGCUGUUACCAACAUCAGCAUACCAUAUUGUGCUGUACCAAUCGUGGUGCAACAGGCUGUUACCAACAUCAGCAUACCAUACUGUACUGUACCAAUCGUGGUGCAACAGGCUGUUACCAACAUCAGCAUACCAUACUGUACUGUACCAAUCGUGGUGCAACAGGCUGUUACCAACAUCAGCAUACCAUACUGUACUGUACCAAUCGUGGUGCAACAGGCUGUUACCAACAGCACCAUACCAUAUUGUGCUGUACCAAUCGCGGUGCAACCGGCUGUUACCAACAACACCAUUCCAUACUGUACAGUACCAACCGUGGUGCAACAGGCUGUUACCAACAUCAGCAUACCAUACUGUACUGUACCAAUCGUGGUGCAACAGGCUGUUACCAACAACACCAUACCAUACUGUACUGUACCAAUCGUGGUGCAACAGGCUGUUACCAACAUCAGCAUACCAUACUGUACUGUACCAAUCGUGGUGCAACAGGCUGUUACCAACAUCAGCAUACCAUACUGUACUGUACCAAUCGUGGUGCAACAGGCUGUUACCAACAUCAGCAUACCAUACUGUACUGUACCAAUCGCGGUGCAACAGGCUGUUACCAACAUCAGCAUACCAUACUGUACUGUACCAAUCGUGGUGCAACAGGCUGUUACCAACAUCAGCAUACCAUACUGUACUGUACCAAUCGUGGUGCAACAGGCUGUUACCAACAUCAGCAUACCAUACUGUACUGUACCAAUCGUGGUGCAACAGGCUGUUACCAACAUCAGCAUACCAUACUGUACUGUACCAAUCGCGGUGCAACAGGCUGUUACCAACAUCAGCAUACCAUACUGUACUGUACCAAUCGUGGUGCAACAGGCUGUUACCAACAUCAGCAUACCAUACUGUACUGUACCAAUCGUGGUGCAACAGGCUGUUACCAACAUCAGCAUACCAUAUUGUGCUGUACCAAUCGUGGUGCAACAGGCUGUUACCAACAUCAGCAUACCAUACUGUACUGUACCAAUCGUGGUGCAACAGGCUGUUACCAACAUCAGCAUACCAUACUGUACUGUACCAAUCGUGGUGCAACAGGCUGUUACCAACAUCAGCAUACCAUACUGUACUGUACCAAUCGCGGUGCAACAGGCUGUUACCAACAUCAGCAUACCAUACUGUACUGUACCAAUCGUGGUGCAACAGGCUGUUACCAACAUCAGCAUACCAUACUGUACUGUACCAAUCGUGGUGCAACAGGCUGUUACCAACAUCAGCAUACCAUACUGUACUGUACCAAUCGUGGUGCAACAGGCUGUUACCAACAUCAGCAUACCAUACUGUACUGUACCAAUCGUGGUGCAACAGGCUGUUACCAACAUCAGCAUACCAUACUGUACUGUACCAAUCGUGGUGCAACAGGCUGUUACCAACAACACCAUACCAUACUGUACUGUACCAAUCGUGGUGCAACAGGCUUUUACCAACAUCAGCAUACCAUACUGUACUGUACCACCACUACUACUGUAA